GGCUUCCUAGCACUACGCAAGGUUGCUUUUGAAUAUUCCGCGUUCGACUUCUCGAUUUAAUGUCCAAAGAUUUAUGCUUAUCCAUUAGGGAAUCACAGAUUUUUAAAAAACACUUGCAAUUGGAUUUUUAAAGUUUUUAUUAGGUAUACCAGAUGCCACCGAAUGGCGCAGAUAAUCUAUUGCCCAACGAGCCGCUUAUUAAAAUUGAAAAGACUGUUACUAUCGAGAAGCCCGAGAAGUCGGAACACAUUGAAGCGGACAAUGACGCCACAGAAUGUGAUUGCCAGGAACUGGGGUUGAGAGCAGGUGAUGCAGUGUUUGCAAGUUUAGUGGUGGCCCCUUUAGUUGUAGGAGUAUGGCGUAGUUCAUUGGGCAUUAUGGAUCUGCACGCUAAGAUGUUUCCAUACGCCCAAAACUUCAUUCUUGGAAUUUUAAUACACUGCUGUUUUUCUAUUGCAAAAACUCGCCUGUUUUCCCGAUCAGUUGACGCAUGGGGUGAAGGAAAAGCAGGCCGGUGGCUUAGAGAACGAGUACUAUCUCGGUUUUAUACAUACAUAUUCAUUUUAUCAAACGCUAUGCACUGGAGAGGUGGUUGGGGCCUUAUGGAUACGAUGGUCGCUGCUAUUUUACCCAAUGAUCAGGAUCCUCACAGACCAGUGUUGAUAGCGACGUAUUUGAUCGUAUCCGUCGUGUUGAUCUUAGUUCUUCGCUCCACACGCAACCUCCUAGCGCCUCCUUACAUCGUAGUCACCGAUGGAAAACACCCAACUUACAUAUUUACUACAAGAUUUCAGAAGAGUAGUAAGGAAACAGCUCUAUACAUACUGGACUGUGUCUUUUCUGUGACUGUGGUCGGGUCACUGGUGGUGUUCGUGUGGCGAGGUCUUUUUGCUUUGAUUGACAUUUACCUCUACCCAGAUGAUCCUGCCAAAUCUUGCUGGACGUCACUUAUAGUAGGUUACUCUGUGGUAGUAGUGACGUAUUCGCUGCAGGUGCCUAUGCGGUGGGCUGUCGCAAGACUUCAGGGAGCCCCAAGGCUGUUGAUCGCUGAUGUUUACCACUUACUUUCUUUCGCUUCCACGGUUAAUGUUUGGCGAGGGGUUUGGGGAUUGCUGGACAUUUAUUUUUUGCCAGAUUCGCCUCACUUAAGCAACUGGUCUUGCCACAUCGUAAGUCUGGCGUUGCUGAUGCUCUUAAAUUGUUCAAAUUCAAUUCUUGUAAGAGGAGUUUAUAUUGACGCAGAGGAACCAGCUGGCGAAUGCGUCAUCUUCCCCUGUCAUUACCUCCGACUCUUCGUCCAUAAGAAAAGACCAAAACGACAUAAAGCUUUGGACUUAACGAAAAAAAUGGAAGAAGCCAGUGUGCCUUUACAAACACCAGAAGAAAAAGUAUAGACCAUGGUUGUGGUCGUUGUGAUAAUGGUUUUUGAAAUAUUGCCAGAAUGAAAAUAGGAUUAUUCUGUACCGUAUUCUGUGAUGAAGUACUUACUAUUUAAAGCCUGAGAGACUGUAGUUUUAACGAGAUCAAUGAAAUACUCUAGAAAACUAGUUAUAUUAUUUUU